CACGGCCCCGGGCGGCGGCCGGCGGCGGGGCGGCUCUCCUGUGGGGCUUUUCCCAUCAGCAUGUGCGCGGCGCCCGCGAAGUAAAGGCGUUGCUGCCCCGAGUCCCUUCCGCUUCUGAUCCUGGACCCUGAUAGGUGGUGACGUUGGUUAUUGUGGCCUCAGAACACAUCCUAAACAUUUUCACCCAUUCCUUCCACAAAUUUCGCAGCCCUGUGCCUUUAGAGGAUAGAGUUGCUAGAGCAGCCAGGGUAUUACGGAAGCAGCCUCACAGGGAGGAUUGGUGAGCGUUAUGAUGGAAUUGUACCACGGAUAGUGAUGAUGAGGGUAGGGAUUUCGGGGAAUCACCACUCUAUCCGGAGAGGUGAGGGCAAACUUCCUGGAGGCGGUGAUGUCGGAGCUGUGUUUGAAAAGAUCAGGAGUUAGCCAGGCAGCCAAAGUGGGAGCAAGGUUGUUUCCUGAAUGGUAGCUUGUUGUUUUUUAAUUGUGGUAGACUCCGAUUCAUGGCGACCCCAUAUGUUACAGAGAGCUGCUCCAUAGGGUUUUCUUGGCUGUAAUCUUAAGGGAAGCAGAUCGCCAGGCCUUUUCUUCUCACCUCUGGGUGGGUUCCAGUCUUCAACCUUUAGGUUAGUAGUCAAGCGAAAACCGUUUGUACCACCUAGGGCCGUUUAAUGGAGAGCAGCAAGUGUAAAAGCCCAGAGGUAUGAGGUAGCUUGGCUUUUGGGGACAAAUAGAUGGGGGAACAAGGGGAAAAGAGGCUGGAAAGGUGGGCAGGGCCCUGGUUAUGAAGGUCUUAUGUGCCAUGCUAAGGAAUUUGGACUUUAUCCUGUGGGCACUGGGGGGCUUUUGAAAAAUAGUAAGCAGGGAAUACUGUACUCACGGUUACACUUUCUUGGAAUCAUACUGGUGGCUGUAUAGAGGAGAGAGAAACUCACAAUAACCCGAGGCUAGAUGAGGAUCUGCAGAGGGGUGGGAGAGCAGUGAACCUCACUAGUUUAUUUGUGUACCCAGAACACUAUAGGGACCCCUUUUUUUUUCCCCUCCCUGUGGCUGUCAUGCUAACAGCGUGUGGAGGACGGUGGCUCAGAAGGCCCUUGGCAACUUUGCAGGUGGGCUGGCGGAGGAGGUAGAUGACAAAGUUCUUCAUGCUGCUUUUAUUCCUUUUGGAGACAUCACAGAUAUUCAGAUUCCUCUGGAUUAUGAAACAGCUGUGCUAUUAAAUAGCAGAGGGCACAGGGAAGCUUAGCCCCAGUUGUGGAGCCUUGCCAUCUGUUCACCUUGAAAAGCACCGAGGAUUUGCCUUUGUUGAAUUUGAGUUGGCAGAGGAUGCUGCAGCAGCUAUUGACAACAUGAAUGAAUCUGAACUCUUUGGGCGAACAAUUCGUGUCAAUUUGGCCAAACCAAUGAGAAUUAAGGAAGGCUCUUCCAGACCAGUUUGGUCAGAUGAUGACUGGUUGAAGAAGUUUUCAGGGAAGACUCUUGAAGAGAGUAAAGAGGAAGAAGGGUCACAGCCUGCCAAAGCAGAAACUCAGGAGGGGGAACCCACAGCAAAAAAGGCCCGCUCGAAUCCUCAGGUGUACAUGGACAUCAAGAUCGGGAACAAGCCGGCUGGCCGCCUCCAGAUGCUCCUGCGUUCAGACGUUGUUCCCAUGACAGCAGAAAAUUUCCGCUGCUUGUGCACCCAUGAAAAGGGCUUUGGCUUCAAGGGCAGCAGCUUCCACCGCAUCAUCCCCCAGUUCAUGUGCCAGGGCGGCGAUUUCACGAACCACAAUGGCACCGGGGGCAAGUCCAUCUAUGGGAAGAAGUUUGAUGAUGAAAACUUUAUCCUCAAACACACGGGACCAGGCCUUCUCUCCAUGGCCAACUCCGGUCCAAACACCAACGGCUCCCAGUUCUUCCUGACGUGUGACAAGACAGACUGGCUGGAUGGCAAGCACGUGGUGUUUGGGGAGGUCACCGAAGGCCUGGAUAUCCUGCGGCAGAUUGAGGCCCAGGGCAGCAAGGAUGGGAAGCCAAAGCAGAAAGUGAUCAUUGCCGACUGUGGAGAGUAUGUAUGAUCCGGCACUUUCUCUGCUCUGCCCUGUGCCCUCUCCCUGCUCCUGCCCCGUGUCCAGGGGAACCAGCAGGGAGCCCUUCUUUGGUGACAGCUUAGAGUAGCUCCUUCGCAGAGUGUGGCUGUGGUCACAAGGAGCUAGUGCAGGCACCUACCUGCAGGCACCCACUGUGGACAGUUACUGACUUUGCCAGGCCUUUGCUGCCAAGGCCUCUCCUGGGCCUGCUGGGAUGUUUUCUUCUGGUAAAAUAAAUCCUAGUUCUUGUACUGCCGUCUGCUGGCUGGGUCCCACAUAUUUUCAGAGGUUGACCACUGCGACUGGAUUGUCUGCCUAGAUGGGCCACAGCACCUGCCCGCCGCUUCUCUCUCUUCCCGCGGGCUGAGUCCCUGAGAAGACACCUUUGUUGGACCAUUGCAGGGCAUUGGAAGUCAAAACCAGUGUAGAAGUGCCUCUGUCUUUCUGUCUUCUGCUGUCAGGCAGAAGAGUUAGGUCAGUCAGACAGCAGCCCAGUCGUUGUGCCAACUGACUCUAAUGGGAACCUGUAAUCAGUCUAAGGGAUCCACUUGCUCUUGAUUCAUUCACUGAAAAGUAGUGAGGAUUUUAUUAUCAGAGUGCUCAGUGCACUUCUUCUGCCAGGCACUGUGCUUGGUGCUGGGGAGACAAUAAGAAACAAGACAAGAGUUGGUGCCUCUCUGACCCCUCACCCUCUUCCUGUCUGGAACAUGCAGUCUUCCAUCUCCGUCUGCAGCUUUGCUAGGCUGGCCUCUGGUCUUCUACCUCAUGCAUCUCUCAUGUGCUGAGCUGAGCCUGGCCCCAUCAGUCACCUUAGCCUCCUCCAGGGCUGCCACCUGCUCCCCUGCCACCUCCCAGUAUCUCUGGCUGGCGUUGAGUCUCUCCUCAGAAACCACUGGGCUGGGCUGGCCUCUCAGCCUGUGUUCUCAUUUUGGGUUGAGAUCAGAAGGGAAGAAGUCUGCUGCCCCUUGCCAGGGGACCCUAGGCCAGCUUCUGUGGAGGAUGGCAUGCCAGCCUUGCCUCUGGCUGCUCCCUCAGCUGGGAGCCACUGUUCCUGUCACAGGGCCUUGCCCCUUGAUGUAAGUGUCUCUCCCCUUGCCGCCGAGUGUCAGGACAGGCAGCAGUGAGGCCAGGACCAUGCCUGCUCUGCAGGGCUGGUGUGUUACCCAGGAGAGAAGAGGAUGUGUGCCAAGUACUCAACGUGGGGGCCGCAGGGGUAGGGGGAGAGCAGGCUGGCCCAGGGCCGCAGGAGGGACUGGUCAUAUGACCCUGUGGAACGGACUUUUCCUGGGAGGACCUCAUCACUUACUGUACCUCCCUUAGUUGCUGUGGGAACGGGGGCAGUCCAGAGAGCCCAGUGGGAGAGGAACCAUUGGGUGGCAACUGCCCACCUGGCACUGCAGGGCUUCCCCAGGUGUUAUCUCAGGGCCCACCUCAGGACCCAUGUACAGGUGGUUACCUGAGCCUCAGAGAGGAGGUGCCUGUCCGCAGACAUCCAGCUCCUUCAGCAGAGCUGUGCCUCCUGCUUGCACCAAGUGCUACAGAGAGGAAGAGAAAGUUACAAGUCCAGGGAUUUGGGGUUAGUAGGCAGCCCAUGCUCCUGGCCUCCUGAGUCCUGGGUGCUGUACAGAUGCGGGGUCACAGAGCCUCACAACCUUCUCUGGAAGGAAUUGUGAGACCUGUUGUGUGAGAAAACUAGGGCUCAUAUGGAGAACUCAAGUGAUGGAAUGCUACGGAAAAUUGUUUUCAAAGAAUAUUUAAUAGCAAAUUUUCAAAAUAUACAUCAAAUAAAGCAAGUCAUCAAACAGUA